AGACCAUGAAGCGAACCUGUCCUAUUUGUAAGGUUUCUAGAAGCAAUCUGUGGAGUCAUUUAACACUUACCCAUCACAUGGAGGGUGAUAUUCGAARGAAAUGGCUUGAYUAUGAAAAGAAGCAUCCUAACAUCAUGUCAAGRGAAAUUUCUAUGAAUAUAAACAAGGACAAGUGUGAAACAUUUCGUCUGAAACACCCUUUUACYUGUAUGGUCUCUGGAAUGACUGGAUGUGGAAAAACAACCUGGGUCCAACGUCUUGUGCACAACAAAGCUGACACUAUCAAACCAACACCACASAGAAUCUUAUGGUGUUACUCAAGAUGGCAGCCCGCCUAUGAAGAAAUGAUGCAGACCAUUCUCGAGAUUGAAUUUGUGCGGGGAAUCCCCACCAAUAUUGAGCAUGACGAUUAUUUUGACGUCAACGUGCGCAAUCUUAUCGUCAUUGAUGACCAAAUGAGCUCCGCCAGUAAUGACAAGCAGGUGAUCAACCUAUUUACACAGGGAUCCCAUCAUCGCAACUUGAGUGUAAUCUACUUGGUCCAAAAUCUUUUUCAUCAAGGCAAAGGAAACAGGGACAUCAGCUUAAAUUGUCAUUAUUUGGUAAUAUUCAAGAACCCAAGAGAUAAACUUCAGAUUCUUACACUGGCAAAGCAAAUGUAUCCAAGAAAAACUGGAUAUUUUCUUCAGAAAUAUGAAGAGGCAGUAAGUCGACCGUUUGGAUACCUUUUCAUUGAUUUGAAAACCACUACUCCAGACCACUGUAGGCUUCGAACCAAUGUUUUGCCUGGAGAAGGGAAACAAGAGGUUUCCUACGCGAAUAAUGAAGUAUCAAGAGAGUUGGUGAAAUAUCUCAAGCAGCAAAAUGUUGAGCUCCCUCCCAUCGCCUCCAAGCUGCAAAGCCUACAGAAGCAAAUGGGUGAUUUGCUACAGAAUUCCAACAUAAAUACUGACCAGAAAGCACGCCAAUAUGUACAACUUCAAAAUAACUUUUUACAAUACAAGAAGAAAUUGCAACCAAGCUCUCCUUUCCCGCAAGCUACUUUGGCAACUGUCGAGCCACCAACUCACUUUAUACCCCCUGAACCUGAACCUGACAAUGAAGAUUCUUUUGUGGAGCCCCCGGCACGUGAUUCAG